AUGAGGUGCAUACCAGGAAUGCCAAUCCCCACCAAAAAAAGCAAGCCUCACUGCUAUGCUGAUUCUCCUUUCGUGGAUGCGAUCGCACCAGCUGACAUGCCCCACAAAUUCACUAUCCCUAGCAUGAAACCCUAUGAUGGUGCAACCAACCUAGAUGAUCACAUAGCCUCGUACAAGCAGCGAAUGUUCACUGUCUCGAUACCCCAAACGCUAAGGGAAUCUUGCAUGUGUAAGAGUUUUGGUUCAGGCCUAUCUGGUCCAGCUCUUCAGUGGUACACUAACCUCCCAAACGGUUCAAUCAACUCAUUUGCACAGCUUAUCAACACCUUUGUGGAGCAAUUCACCAGCAGCAAGAAACUUGAGAAACUAUCGACCAACCUGUACAAAGUAUACCAGAAAAUGGGGGAGCCGCUAAGAGAAUAUGUCAGUAGAUUCAACAAAGAAAAAAUCUCCAUCUUUUCCUAUAACCCCAAGUCGACCAUAGACGCCUUCAGGAAGGGUCUCCUCCUAGAUGGUGAAUUAUACAAAGAAUUGACGAAGCUUGGUUGCACCACGAUGAAAGACGCCUUGGCCAGAGCGAUGAUUCAAAUAAGGUGGGAGGAAGAUGAGAUGAAUCGGGCAAGUCAUGCCAGGUAUGACCCAAGGCAGAAUGAUAAGAGGCUAGAGCUCAGAUCGAUUGAACCCCGUCACCAACCCCCUCCACGCAAUUUGAACGAAGUUAGAAAACCAUAUGACCGACAGCUACUUAGAACUAACAAUAGACCAACUGGAUCGAGCCGAUACAAAAUCCCAAAGUACAACCUCAACUCAAACCGGCCUAGGUUGUGGCAAUCAUGA